UGGUAGCCCUGCAGUUCAUUUCAUUCCUUGGUCUUCUGAUCUGAGCCUCUAUUUCCACCAAAAUAUCCAAGAUGGUUGAGCCUUUUUUGGGAACCUGGAAACUUAUCUCCAGUGAAAACUUUGAUGAAUACAUGAAAGAACUAGGAGUGAGUUUUGCUGCCAGGAAUGUUGGAGGAUUAGCAAAGCCUACUGUAACUAUCAGUGUUAAUGGUGAGGUGAUAACCAUGAAAACUGAUAGUACAUUCAAAACCACAGAGAUCUCCUUCAAAUUGGGUGAGGAGUUUGAUGAAACCACAGCAGAUAACCGGAAAGUGAAGAGCAUCAUAACAAUGGAUAAUGGCUCCCUGGUCCAGGUGCAGAAGUGGCAAGGCAAGGAGACAACAAUCAAAAGACAAAUUGCAAAUGGGAAAAUGGUGGCGGUGUGCACCAUGAAUAAUGUUGUGAGCACUAGAAUCUAUGAAAAAGUAUAAAGAAAUUUCAAGAAAAAUUGCAUUCUGAGUCU